GUUUGCUCGUGGCUAGAGGACGUUGGUGUCACAGAGGAGAGGUGCUCAUAAUUUCUUUUUAUUUUCGCUAGAUUAGGAGAUAAGUAACGAAAGCAAAAUGUUUUCACGUGCUGUGAGACCUGCUGUUAGCCUCGCCCGGAGCUUGUCCACCUCGUCGCAGAACAACGCCAGAGUAGCAGUGCUCGGAGCUUCAGGCGGCAUAGGCCAGCCGCUAUCUUUGCUGCUCAAGAAUAGCCCUCUGGUGAGUCACCUCUCCCUAUAUGAUAUUGCCCACACCCCCGGGGUGGCUGCAGACCUUAGCCACAUCGAAACAAGGGCCCAAGUAACCGGCUACCUAGGUCCGGACCAGCUGGAUGCUGCUCUGCAGGGCUGCGAUGUCGUGGUCAUUCCUGCCGGUGUGCCCAGAAAACCCGGUAUGACCCGGGAUGACCUCUUCAACACAAACGCCACCAUUGUAGCCACCUUGUCUGAUGCCUGUGCCCGCAAUUGCCCCGAAGCCAUGGUCCUCGUCAUUGCCAACCCUGUCAACUCAACUAUCCCUAUUACAUCAGAGGUCAUGAAGAAGCGAGGAGUAUACAACCCCAACAGAGUGUUUGGUGUCACAACACUAGACAUUGUCAGAGCAAACACUUUUGUGGCAGAGCUCAAAGGCCUCGACCCAGCUCGUGUCAGUGUACCAGUCAUUGGAGGUCAUGCUGGGAAGACCAUCAUCCCCCUCAUUUCUCAGUGCACACCCAAAGUAGAGUUCCCUGCUGACCAGCUGUCUACCCUGAUCAGCAGGAUCCAGGAAGCUGGCACAGAGGUGGUGAAGGCCAAGGCUGGAGCUGGGUCUGCCACUCUCUCCAUGGCCUAUGCUGGUGCCCGCUUCACUUUCUCUGUCCUGGAUGCCUUGAAUGGAAAAGAGGGUGUUGUUGAGUGCGCCUUUGUCAGGUCUGAGGAGACUGAGUGCAAGUACUUCUCCACACCUCUCCUGCUGGGGAAGAAUGGCAUUGAGAAGAAUCUUGGGCUUGGCAAGCUGUCUGCCUUCGAGGAGAAGCUGGUGGUUGAUGCCAUUGAUGAGCUGAAAGCUUCAAUCAAGAAGGGCGAGGAUUUUGCAGCUAAAAUGAAGUGAACAGCAGGCAUCAAGUUAAUCAAAAACAAACAACUGUGACUGAUAGUUUGUUGUCUUACCUUAAGAGACAUCUGGGUAAUUCUACAGAUUUGUUAGUUUCCUCUUUUUUUUUGUUUUAGCAGUAGUCAGGCUUCCAUCCAGUUAUACUGGUGUUGACCUUGAUCUUUAUUGCUAUGUAUUGCUUCACUUAUGUUUUAAGACCUGGCUUUAUCAUCCACCCAUGAUUUAUGUACAUACUGUACUGUAACUUGUCUAUAUUUUGCAAAUGUCAAAUGUGAAACAUUUCAUGUUUUCAUGUACAGUCUGUAUUAAUGGGGAUUUCUCAGCUGAAUGAUGAGCCACAUACUCCACCAAUAAACUGUGUAGCUUUAAAAAUA